CAUCAGUUGGAGCAGCGGCAGCAGUGGCGCACGUACGAGACGCGGACGGGAACAAACUUGUUCAAUUGGCUCGCUGUGGAUUUACCAGUCGGGUUUUGUUUUUUAAAGCCAUCGUCUCGACCUAGUGGAACACUUGUGGGUUCGCGGUGUUCGGUUGAGGGCGAAACGAGGGACAACCGUGCGAGCGAUCAGCGAAAAGCAGCCCGGAAAGCGUUCAUGAAUGCGGGGAAGAAAGCAAGGAGUCUUCGGGCAUCGGCUGUGCGUCUUUACGCGGCGGCAGGAAAAUCGGCAAAAAUUGUGCUUUUCAAAAAGGACGUUGGGGUGUUUGAAGUUAUUUCCAAUUGUUUUGAUGAAGAAUUAAUAUUAAUCGUAGAGACAUUCUAAGGCAGCCGGAUCGUAGCUUGGAAGUGGUGGACUGGGCGCACGCUCCUUUCAGACAGCCGAGGAUUGCUCCCUGCCAACUCACUGUUUGACUAAAAGGACUUAAAGGAGAGUGUUUUUUCCCCCCUUUCCCUUAUAUACUGCGCACCUUGGCUCCGUGGCGAGGAUAUGGCCAACUCCGGGCUCCAGAGAAGAGCGCAAUCAGUUGACACGAGAGGAAACAGGAGCUGAAUGACAGGAUGCCAGCGACCUGAAGCCUAAACUCAUAAUCUUCAAAAUAAGUGACUCUUUUGUUUAUUUGACUACUGCCAAGAUAAAACAGGACACCUCACCAGCCAUAAGGCUUCUGGAUGAGUUUAUCUGGGAUUUUGUUUUGUUAACUUUAUUUUGGGGUUGACAAAAUAAGGAUGCAUUGUGGAUUAGUCUAUGUCCUGUGGAUGGGAUUCCUCUUGGUGACCGAGGCUUAUAAAAACGACAAAUGUGGAGGCAACAUCCGAAUCUCAAAUGCAAACUACCUCACCUCUCCCGGGUACCCCCAGUCUUACACCUCCUCUCAGCGCUGUACAUGGGUAAUCUCAGCUCCUGGCCCCCACCAGCGGAUCCUCAUCAACUUCAAUCCACAUUUUGACCUAGAGGAUCGAGAGUGCAAGUAUGACUACGUGGAAGUGCGAGACGGCAUAGAUGAGAGUGGUCAGCUGGUUGGCAAGUACUGCGGCAAGAUCGCGCCCUCUCCAGUCGUGUCCUCUGGAAACCAGCUUUUCAUCAAAUUUGUCUCUGACUACGAGACCCAUGGAGCAGGUUUCUCCAUACGAUAUGAGAUCUUCAAGACAGGUCCUGAAUGCUCUAGGAACUUCACCUCCAGCAGUGGUGUCAUAAAAUCACCAGGCUUUCCAGAAAAGUAUCCUAACAACCUCGACUGUGCUUUCAUGAUAUUUGCCCCGAGGAUGUCCGAAAUUAUCUUGGAGUUUGAGAGCUUUGAAUUAGAGCCUGACCCAACGCCUCCUACUGGUGUCUUCUGCCGUUAUGACCGUCUGGAGAUCUGGGAUGGCUUUCCUGGAGUUGGACCAUACAUUGGCAGAUACUGUGGACAGAACACACCAGGAAGAAUCAUCUCUUACACCGGCAUCUUGGCACUUACAAUCAACACCGACAGUGCCAUUGCCAAGGAGGGUUUCUCUGCCAACUUCACAGUCAUCGAAAGGACUGUUCCAGAGGACUUUGACUGCAGCGACCCGUUGGGAAUGGAAUCGGGUGAGAUAACAUCUGACCAAAUCGUGGCCUCAUCCCAGUACAACCCAAGCUGGUCCCCUGAGCGCUCCAGACUUAACUACUAUGAAAAUGCUUGGACCCCUGCUCAGGACUCAAACAAGGAGUGGAUACAGGUGGACCUUGGGUUCUUACGUUUUGUCUCAGCCAUCGGUACCCAGGGAGCGGUUUCACAGGAGACCCGAAGGACUUAUUUUGUCAAGUCCUACAAAGUCGAUGUCAGUUCAAACGGAGAGGACUGGAUCACGCUAAAGGAGGGCUCAAAACAAAAGGUUUUUCAGGGUAACACUAACCCAACAGAUAUCGCCAAGACGAUGAUGCCCAAACCCACUCUGACACGCUUUAUCCGCAUCCGUCCUGUUACCUGGGAAACAGGCAUUGCACUGCGCUUUGAAGUGUAUGGAUGUAAAAUAUCAGAGUAUCCAUGCUCGGGCAUGCUGGGCAUGGUAUCUGGCUUGAUCACCGAUAACCAAAUCACUGCAUCAUCUCACACCGAUCGGAGCUGGGUACCAGAGAACGCUCGUCUGCUGACUAGCCGGACUGGUUGGACCCUGCUGCCACAGCCCCAGCCUUUCACCAGGGAAUGGCUACAGGUGGACCUUGGGGAGGAAAAAGUGGUGAAGGGACUGAUCAUUCAGGGCGGGAAGCACCGUGAGAACAAGGUCUUCAUGAAGAAGUUCCGCCUUGGCCACAGCAACAACGGGUCUGACUGGAAAAUGGUUUUGGACGCCAACGGAAACAAGCCUAAGAUCUUUGAGGGGAAUAGCAACUAUGACACUCCUGAGUUGAGGGCGGUGGAACCCCUGCUGACCCGCUUCAUCCGAAUCUAUCCAGACCGUGCCACGGCUACUGGAAUGGGCCUUCGACUUGAGCUUCUGGGCUGUGAUAUUGAAGCUCCCACAGAUCCUCCUUCUACGACUCCCCCGGCCACUACUCCAUCAGACGAUUGCGACGAUGACCAAGCGAACUGCCACAGUGGCACAGGUGAUGACUACGAUAUCACAGGUGCUACAACGAUGCCGGAAACCACAACGGCUACAGUGGAUAUUGUCCCAGAUUUUCAGUGGUUUGCCUGCGAUUUUGGCUGGGCCAAUGACCCAUCGUUCUGCAGGUGGACUUCUGAGGACACUGGCUCUCGGUGGCAAAUCCAGUCUAGUGGAACCCCAACUCUGAACACUGGACCCAAUAUGGACCAUACAGGUGGCUCGGGAAAUUUCAUCUACACUUUGGCAACGGGCUUACAAGAGACUGAAGUGGCUCGACUUGUAAGCCCUGAGGUCACCUCCCCGGACUCUGACCUGUGUGUCUCAUUCUGGUACCACAUGUUUGGGUCGCACAUUGGUACACUGCAUAUCAAACAGCGCAAAGAGACCGUUGACGGACCCGCAGACAUCUUACUCUGGACUGUCAGCGGUCACCAGGGAAACCGCUGGAGGGAAGGCAGAGUCCUUCUGCCCCGCACAAAUCGACCGUAUCAGGUGGUGAUUGAAGGGUUAGUAGAGAGAAAGAGCUGGGGCGAUAUUGCGGUUGAUGAUGUUAAGGUUCUCAGUGGCCUCAGUGCGACCGAGUGUAAAGAUCCAGAUGUACCCACUGAGCCAAUGCUCCCAGAAGAUCGCUUUAAUGAAAUCAUUGAGGCAAUCACAGAAUACCCAGACUUUGUGGAGACCAACCAGAUCAGCGGAGCCGGCAACGUGCUAAAGACACUUGACCCAAUCCUCAUCACUAUCAUCGCUAUGUCUGCCCUGGGCGUUUUCUUAGGUGCCAUUUGCGGGGUCGUCCUUUACUGCGCCUGCUCACACGGAGGUGUAUCGGAAAGGAACUUAUCAGCCCUGGAAAAUUAUAACUUUGAACUGGUGGAUGGUGUCAAGUUAAAGAAGGACAAACUCAAUGUACAAAGCUCAUACACAGAGGCGUGAGACCCUCACCAGCACAUUCUCGUGACUAUGUGACAUGCACAGCUUGGAGAGUGCGCGUGGGACUCGCUGUAGCUACAACUUCUGUACGAGAAGGUGGACUCCAAGGAGCGCUCAUUACCCUCAGCUUUCGGUAUGAGGGAAAAAUUCAGGAACUGACAAGAGGUUUGAACUAAUCCACGCUUUUCUCAGGAGCUGCAUUAAAAAGAACCUACCAGUAGGGGACACUGUGUACAAAAAUAAAUACAGAAAAAAAGAUGUACAGAUAUGUAGAUUAAAUUUUAAUUUUCUAUUUUGGGUUUCCAUUCAUUUUUACAAUCGGAUGCUGGUGUUGAGACCAAUUUAUUAAUAAUGCUAAAAGUAUUUAUCAUUUCUUUGGGAUAAUGAUUAUUUUUUGUCUUGAGUUCAUGAAGGCGAUAAAUUUCAAGUUUUGAAAUGAAAUCCGAAAUCAACCAUAUCCGGCAAAACUGUAGAUUUGCCCAUGCUAUGGCAUACAGGGUGUGCUCAUAAGUCAUCAGUCUGAUAUAUGUACCCAAUUUCUUUGAACCUCCCUCAAGCGUCACAUUUUCUGAUAGUGCCUUUAGUACAUAUCGGAUAGUCUCCUCUUUUGAACUGGGUGUUUUUUACUGUACUUGGCUUAAUUUAUGAUGAAGGGCAGAUAACAGGGGCACGUGAUCAUAUAAAUACCUGCGAAAUGGUAUCUAAUCUAUCACAUUAUGUUUUGUCUGUUUGAAAACCACACUCUGUAAAUAUGUUUUAAUAUAUUUUAUUCUUUUUUAAAGAAAGUGAAAGAAAAAAAUAUGCCUUUUUUUUUCAUUGUGUGUCUGUGUGCAAAUUGUGUACGUGUGUAAAUACAAUCUCCUGACUGUUUUGUGGAUGGUGCUGUGUUAACGUUCCGUUUGACAUUUUUUGUGACGACGUUCCAGCGAUUUCAACAUGCAUUCAGGCCAACUGUCAUCAAAACACCCACUUCAUUAAAACUAGAGGUCGACCGAUAUGGGAUUUUCAAAUGCCAAAGCCGAUACAGAUAUCUAACAAAAAAUUUCAGCCAAUUGUCGAAUUCCAAAGCCGAUUUUGUAAGCCGAUAUUUGAGGCCGAUAUGCUUCUUUUUUUUUAAGCACGUAAAUUAUGAUUAAUCGGUCUACCAAACCAAGAAACGCAGCACGUUUCAUGAUUAUGCACACUCAACAAGAACAGUACAUGACAGGUAGUCCCCGGGUUACUACGUACCCAUAUUAUGUGAUUUCGACUUUAUGACGCCAGAGUCUCAUACGCUAUUCUGGCUCGUCGUUUUUUUUUUUUUUUUUUCCGUGUGUGUCCCGUAAACAGUACCUAGUUCCCGUUGCUGUUCUUCAAAUCAGGAUUCCCUCCUCCAGCAGCGUCGAUACCGUCCUGCAGUUCCCACUUCCUUCUUUUCAUACUGUUGCUGCUGCUACUGCUUCUUCUUCGCAUUGAGACACACACAGCGGGCGACCUGAGCGGCCAUGUUAUCCCCCCGUCACGCCUCACUAGUCUUUCCACAGCGCCCUUUUCUCUCAGCAAGGCAACUAACUCACGAGUAAAGUUUUUUAAAAAAUUAUUUUAUAUUCCUUUUUUUUUAAGCCCGAAUAGUCAUUCAAUAUUACGGCAUUUAACACAACGUACCUCAUAGUAUCUUAUUUUUCACUUUAUUUUAUUGCUAUAGUGUAUAAUACAUGUUUUUGGAUAGUUAUUUUGAAAUUCAGGGGAUAUUUAGGGGUACUUAAAGGGUUAAUUCUGACUUACAUGGAAAUUCGGGUUACGUCGCUAGAGUAAGAACGGAACACGUUUGUAACCCACAUCCUGCGAUAGGAGUAUUGCGCAUGCACAUAUCGCGAUGGUGAUGUUUAAACCAUAUAUUGUGCAGGCCUACUAAUAAUGCAUGUUUUUUGACAAUUAUUUUAAGAUUUAGAGGGUUUUUAGGGGUACUAAAAAAAUUCUGAUUUAGGCAGAAAAUUCCGGUUAUCUCGCCAGCGUAGGAACGGCACUCGUUUGUAACCCAGGAACUACCUGUAUUUUCAAAUAAUUAAACCCACUGGGACGUCACGACAAGAUGUAAACAAGUGUGAGGGCUAAAGAGGAUGCUCGCCACACAAAAGCUAAUGCUAACACAAAUGCUAACGCGAAUGCGACACUCACACUACGAGUUACAUUUAGACUAUAAGGAUCACUCGUCUCAAAAGGCUAAAGCAACACCACAUAUUCGGUAAAGCUCACUUUUAGUGGUCCCUAGCUGUCGACCAAUCACGAGUGGUAAAGUUGAUUUCUCUUACUCCUAUCCUAAACUUAACCAAAAAAACCCACUUUACCGCAAGAAUAAGAGUUUAAUGGUUUCGGGCUCGGUGAGGUGUAGUUUUCUGGUUAAGUUUAGUACAGAGGUAAGGGA